AUGUUCUCAUCUCUUGCUGCUUUUCUAGCAUCCACUGGACUCACUGAGGAUCAGAAGGAGUUCCAGAAAGUUGCCCUUGAUUUUGCUGCCAAGGAGAUGGCUCCUUACAUGGCCGAGUGGGAUGAGAAGGAAAUAUUCCCUGUGGAAACCAUGAGGAAGGCAGCCCAACUGGGAUUUGGUGGGAUCUAUGUGAAACCAGAUGUUGGUGGUUCUGGAUUGUCACGACUUGACACCUCCAUAAUCUUUGAAGCUCUGUCAACAGGAUGUACCAGCACCACUGCUUACAUGAGCAUCCACAACAUGUGUGUUUGGAUGAUCGACACCUUUGGCAACGAGGAGCAGCGGCGCAGGUUCUGCCCAUCCCUCUGUAGCAUGGAAAAGUUUGCCUCUUACUGCCUGACUGAGCCAGGGAGUGGCAGUGAUGCAGCUUCCCUGCUGACCUCAGCUCAGAGGAAAGGGGACUCCUACGUCCUGAAUGGCUCCAAGGCCUUCAUCAGCGGGGGAGGUGACACCGAUGUGUACGUGGUCAUGUGUCGCACAGGGGGCCCAGGCCCCAAGGGCAUCUCCUGCCUCGUGCUGGAGAAGGGAAUGCCAGGGCUCAGCUUUGGCAAGAAGGAGAAGAAGGUAGGCUGGAAUUCCCAGCCAACUCGGGCUGUGAUCUUUGAGGACUGCGUUGUUCCUGUGGGCAACCGGCUGGGAGCUGAAGGGCAGGGAUUCAACAUCGCCAUGCAGGGCCUCAAUGGAGGCAGGAUAAACAUCGCUUCUUGCUCGUUGGGAGCUGCUCAUGCCUCGGUUCUCCUGGCUCAGGAGCACCUCACUGUCCGCAAGCAGUUCGGGGAACCCCUCGCCAGCAACCAGGUAAGCCCUGCAGCAGCUCUGCCCUUCCUCAUGCUGGAAGGGCCAUCCCUCACCUCACAGGGCCUUCCCUGGGGAAGUCAAGAACACGCUUUUCCUGGUAAGGAAGCGUGUCAGACCUGAGCCCAUAUUGUAGCA